AUGAAAGAAAUUUUAUUUACAGGUAAAAUCCAAAUAUAUUCAUAUGAUGAACAAAUUCCUACAAAAAUGAAGUGUGAUGUACUUCAAGAACUGGAUACCCUCACAAUAAAGCUUAUAAAUAGUACUGAUGUAUUCUCAUUCUACAUAUGUACAAUUUCAUCAGAUGAUUUUUAUAUUCUUAAAAGAGAACAAGAUUUAAUUGUUGAUUAUCACAAAUUUAUAGAAAUUGUUAUAAAAUUAUUUCAUAAAAUACAAAAUAAUUUAUUAUUUGCAUAUUUUGUCGACUUAAAAUUUAUGUUUGUCGAAAAAAAUGAAUUUAGAAAUAUUAUAAAAUUAGAAUUAAAGUUUAAAGAACCUUCAGAUAUAGAUUAUAAAUCUUAUUUAGGAGAUGUUAUUAGUAGAUUAGAAACAGAUAAUAUUAAACUUAUAAAAGAAAAUAAUUUAUUAAAAGAUUACAAUAAUAAUACGCUACACAGAAAAUUAAGAAAUUUAGAAGAAAAUCAGAAUAUCCACAUAUCAAAGUUAAAUAAUUUAAAUAAACAAAAUGAAGAGUAUAAAUAUAAAAUAGAAAAAAUGACUAAUGAAAUAAAAAGUUUAAAUAAUCAGGUUUAUGAAUUAGAAAAAGAAAAUAUUAAAUUAAAAGUUGAUAAAGAAAAGAGUAAUAAAUUGCAAGAAGAAUAUUUAGAAAUAAAAAAUAUUAAUGAAAAUAUUAGAAAAGAUUUAGAAACAGCAAAUGAGAUUAUAAAGAAAAUAAGAACAGAAAACUUAGAUUAUAAAAAUAAAUUAGAAGAGAUAGAAAAUAAUAUAAAAAAUAGACAAAAUGAAAUAGAAAGAUAUGAAAAGAAUAUGGAAGAAAUAAAAAAGAAAAAUAAAAAUUUAGAAGAAAAAUUAAAAAAAUAUGUAAAAGAUAAUAAGGAAUAUAAAAUAAAAGUUAAAGAUCUUGAAAAUGAAAAAACAAACUUAGUAAGAAAAUUAGAAAAUGCACAGAGUGUGUUUAAUCAUUUCUCUAAUAAUAGAGAAAUAAGAGACAAGUAUAGUAGUGAUAGUAUAAGUGGAUAUUCAAUACAACCAGAAGAAAAACCCGAGUAA